CAUUUCCCAGGCGGCAUUGCCGCCUUUAUCUCCGUCAAAAAAAAACUGCCCGCCAUCAGUUUCCCCUUUUUCUGCUAAGAAAAAAGCAGCUGGUUUAGUCCGGUCUUGAAGUGUAGAAAUUGCGGCGGCGUUUCGACUUGGCGGGAAUGCACAAAGGUCCUGCCAAAGAGGACAGCGACCAGACGUGGGAAAAACGGGAGCAUCCGUGUGACUUGUCAUCUUAAGAGCGGUCUAUGGUAAGGAGAAUUAUGUGGAAAACACUGCUGCGGAUAGAACUGGGGGCAGCAGGGAACCAGGCCCCUUCUGUACUCCCCUUCCUUCUCCCUGGACUCCGAUAUGGGUCAUCUUCAGCUAUCGAUCAGCAUCACGAGCUGGCCAGGGAGCGAUCCAAGACGGUCACCUCUUUCUACAAUCAAUCUGCCAUUGAUGCAGCUGCUGAAAAGCCCUCUGUGAGGUUGACACCUACCACCAUGUUGUAUUCUGGACGUUCUCAGGAUGGCAGUCACCUUUUGAAAAGCUCCCGUUACCUGCACCACGAGCUGCCGGUCCGUAUUGCUCACCGCAUCAAAGGGUUUCGAAGCCUUCCCUUCAUCAUUGGCUGCAACCCCACCAUCCUCCAUGUGCACGAGCUUUACAUUCGAGCCUUCCAGAAACUGAGUGAAUUUCCCCCAAUCAAAGACCAAGAAUCAGAGACCCAGUACUGUAAACUGGUCCGACAGCUCCUAGAUGAUCACAAGGACGUUGUCACAUUGCUGGCGGAAGGCUUGCGGGAAUGUCGCAAACACAUCCAGGAUGAGAAGAUGAUCCGUUCCUUUCUGGACAAGACCCUCACCUCCCGCUUGGGCAUCCGGAUGCUGGCUACUCACCACCUUGCCUUGCAUGAGGACAAACCAGACUUUGUUGGAAUCAUCUGCACCCGCUUGUCACCAAAGAAAAUAAUCGAAAAAUGGGUGGAUUUUGCCAGGCGCCUGUGUGAACACAAGUAUGGAAACGCACCUCAGGUGCGGAUCAAUGGGCAUGUGGCGGCUCGCUUCCCUUUCAUUCCAAUGCCUCUGGAUUACAUCCUUCCAGAGUUGCUGAAGAACGCAAUGCGAGCUACGAUGGAAUCUCACCUGGAUACCCCAUACAAUGUGCCAGACAUUAUCAUCACGAUUGCCAACAAUGAUAUUGACCUCAUCAUAAGGAUUUCAGACCGAGGAGCAGGAAUCCCUCACGACCACGUUGACAAGGUCACCGAUUACCACUUUACCACUGCCGAAGCGAGCAAUCAGGAUCCCCGGAUGAACAGCCUCUUCGGGAACAUGGUGGAAAUGGGGAACAGUGCCCAGUCGGGCCCCAUGCACGGGUUCGGAUUUGGCUUGCCAACUUCCCGGGCUUACGCUGAGUAUCUGGGUGGUUCCUUGACCCUCCAGUCCCUGCAGGGCAUUGGCACAGAUGUCUACCUCCGUCUCAAGCACAUUGAUGGCAAAGAGGAAAGUUUCCGCAUUUAGAACGGCCCCCGCAACAAGACUGACCCCCUUCCUUGCUUCUGGAGAAAGCUUUAAAUACCUGCACCAAACCCACAUUGGCAUGGAUUCCAUCUCCCUUUCCUCUCACCUGAGAUUCCUAAGCAUCUGCUGUGCUCUCCUCACGAAGCCUUUUGAUCCUUGUGGACACCUAAAUAUGGCGAGAAAGGAACAGAGGGCUUCCUCUCCUCCUGUGUGGUUGCUGUUCAGAACAUUGCUUCCUGAUGCAUCCCCUAGUCCUGCUGCGUUGGUGCAUCUUCGGUGGUCCUUGAGUUGGCCUCUUGAACCCAAGUAGCCCAAAGCGUAUCUCUCCCGUUCCCACAUGGAAGCACUCAAGGCCACCAAGAGCAUCCGUGCAAAGCAGUGUUGUUUCUCCAUCAUUUACUUGCACACUGCCAACCCCACCUGUGGCCUUGACCCAACCUCCUCCUCUGUUGACUUCCGACGCAUUUGAAGAUGCACGGCGAAAGGAGGUUUCCACUGUCACAUAUGUCACAUAAGGGAUCCCAACACAUAGGGCCACUCAGCACUUCUUCCUCUCUAUGGUUUGACUCUAAUGACAGGAUAGGGCAUCUGAAAAGUUCUCCCUUGCUGCCAUCUUAAGAUUUGGAGGUGGGUUUCCUGUUUGGGAGUUAGAAUUUAUCUGUCGGUUGGCAAAGAGUCUUUUCAUGGUGCACAAUGGUGGAAGAUGAUGGCCUAAGGGGAGUAAUUACCAUAUGGCUCCCUUUUGGAAUCCUAGCUAUAGAUUCCAUAACUUUCUGCCUCUUCCUGAGGUAACGUAUUUUAUUGGCGUCUUUUCUCUCUGCCUUUGAUCUUUCGGAUGUCACUCAGCUGACUUUUAAAUCCAGAAUCAGAGUUUGUUGUCUGCUCUUCCCCCCCCCCCCCCCGUUCCUUUCCAUUAGAGGGGGGGAGAUUUAAAAUGAAAACCCAUGAUUUCCUGUUACAAUACUUAAA